GAUUCAUCAACAUCCACCUGAAGAAAACGUUUGUGUCCAAACUUCUGAACAACCUGUUGAUGAACGGUGUUCAACCACCGCCUCUCGCCUGCAGGAAGAAGGUGGUGGUGGACUUCUCCUCUCCAAACAUCGCCAAAGAGAUGCACGUUGGUCACCUUCGCUCCACCAUCAUCGGCGACAGCAUGUCUCGACUCUUUGAGUUUCUGGGCUACGAGGUUCUCAGGCUGAACCACGUCGGGGACUGGGGGACCCAGUUCGGGAUGCUGAUCGCUCACCUGCAGGACAAGUUUCCAGACUACCUGAGCGUCUCUCCUCCAAUCAGCGACCUGCAGGCUUUUUACAAGGAGUCGAAGAAACGCUUCGACGAAGAUGAGGACUUUAAAAAACGGGCGUAUCAGUGCGUGGUCAGGCUGCAGAGCAAAGAGCCAGACUUCAUCAAGGCCUGGAACAUGAUCUGUGACGUCUCCAGGAGAGAGUUUCAGAAGGUCUACGACUGCCUGGACAUCAAGAUCAUCGAGCGAGGAGAGUCGUACUACCAGGACCUGAUGACUCGGGUGGUGAAGGAGUUUGAGGACAAAGGUCUGGUGGAGCUGGACGAGGGCCGUAAGCUGGUCUUCGCCACGGGUCAGUCCCUCCCGCUCACCGUGGUCAAGUCUGAUGGAGGCUACACCUACGACACGUCGGACCUGGCGGCGCUGCGUCAGCGGCUCUUCGAGGAGAAAGCGGACAUCAUCAUCUACGUGACGGACAGCGGGCAGGGCUCACACUUCCAGGUGGUGUUUGCUGCGGCCCAGAUGAUCGGCUGGUACGACCCCCGGGUGACCCGGGUGGAGCACGCAGGCUUCGGCGUGGUGCUGGGGGAGGACAAGAAGAAGUUUAAGACUCGAUCUGGAGACACGGUGAGGCUGAUGGACCUGCUGGAGGAGGGGCUGAAGAGGUCCAUGGACAAACUGAGAGAGAAGGAGCGAGACAAGGUUCUGACUCCGGAGGAGCUGAUGAAAGCCCAGAGAGCCGUCGCUUUCGGCUGCAUCAAAUACGCCGACCUCUCCCACAACCGCAUCAACGACUACGUCUUCUCCUUCGACAAAAUGCUGGACGACCGGGGCAACACGGCAGCGUACCUCCUCUACGCCUUCACCCGCAUCAGGUCCAUCGCUCGUCUGGCCAGCCUGGACGAGUCCACGCUGAAGAGGGCGGCAGAGACCACCCAGAUCCUUCUGGACCACGAGAAGGAGUGGAAGCUGGGGAAGUGCAUCCUGCGGUUCCCUGAGAUCCUGCAGAAGAUCCUGGACGACCUGCUGCUCCACACGCUGUGCGACUACCUGUACGAGCUCGCCACCACCUUCACYGAGUUCUACGACAGCUGCUACUGCGUGGAGAAGGACCGGCAGACAGGUGAGGUGAUAAAGAUCAACAUGUGGAGGAUGCUGCUGUGUGAAGCCACGGCCACCAUCAUGGCCAAAUGUUUCGACAUCCUGGGCAUCAACCCGGUCCAGAGGAUGUGAUCCGGUCCCAGUUCUGGUCCUGGUCCACUUAAAACUCACCGAACUUUAACAGAGAAGCAGUUAAAGCAAUUAAACAACCCUUAGGAGGAGGAAAAAUGUUAAUUUUGAUUCAUUAAAUACAAUUUAUAUGAAGGAUCUUUUUUAAAUAAAGGAGCCAUUAAAAAGA